GAAUGUGUUACGUUGUCACUCACGGAGCUGGAUCUCUACACUCGGAACCUUUUAUGAAAUGUAAAAGUUCCGGCACGGAAAGCAUUAUCGUACGGACCACAGCACAACCAUCGGAAAAACAGCAGCAAACAGAAAGCUUGUCAACAUGGCAGAGACUCACAGUUUGCAGGACAUGAGACAACAAGCGGCAAUUUCUUCCAAAGUCUUUAUACAGAGGGAUUAUACCAAUGGCACUGUAUGCCAGUUCCAAACUAAGUUCCCCUCUGAGUUGGAGACCAGGAUCGACAAACAGCAAUUUGAGGAGAUGGUGCGGACCCUGAAUAACCUGUAUGCCGAGGCAGAGAAGCUUGGGAGCCAGUCUUAUAUUGAAGGAUGUUUGGCCUGCCUCACAGCUUAUACCAUCUUCUUGUGUAUGGAGACACACUACGAGAAGGUUUUGAGAAAGAUUGCAAAAUACGUACAGGAGCAGAACGACAAGAUCUACACACCCAGAGGUCUCCUGCUUACCGACCCCAUCGAGAGAGGCCUUCGAGUCAUUGAGAUCACGAUAUUUGAAGAGAGAAGCCUGGCCAGAUAGAUAGAAGCUGCCAAGAAGCCGCUUGUUGGGCGAAGUUUCAGCGUCAGACCCGUGCCGAUGCCGCUCCCAAAUGCCCGGACUCUACUGCGUUUCUACAAUCUAUAUUACUUCAAAUUGUACAGUGUACGUGUAAUAGUGACACGUAUCACUCGCCAGGCAUAAAAUGUCAUAACUUUUGUAUGAUAUCGCAGUUCAUAUUUGUCUUUUAUCUGUCUCGGAUUGCUCUUGUUACGCUCUUUGACUUUGUUUUCACAGUCUGCACUUCAUCUUUUCAAGUCACUACUAAUUAGCUUCAGUCUGGCCUUGACCAGAAAUGUGCAAUCAUGAAGUUUUCCCCUCUACAGUCCAAUUUGAAGAAUAAAGCCAGUCAAUGCGAUCAUUGCUCUGGUUAACCGUUUUCAUACUUUUGUUUUGAAAUCUCCACAAAUAAAUGCUGAUUGUUGUCAGACUCGGACAUUUCAGUCACACACUAGUUGAUAUUCAUCUUUUUUCACGUCUUGAUUGAAAAGUUUUUUUUGCUCUCCGUACAGUGCAUGAAGUUGUUAGUACUGUAAAUCCAAGUAAAUCUGUAUGCUGUGCCUUGCGUAACGUUUGGUGACUAAUGUUGUGCGACUCAAUAAGCAUCAUUAGUUUAUUGCAGGGGUCUCAAACUCAAUUUACUUGGGGGCCAAAAACGCAUUUAUUAAAAACAAAAUUUUUUUAAAAACUUCGCUUUGGUUCCAAUUUUCUACAAGAAAAGCUCUGAUAAAACAUUCCACUGUUCUCAAAUAUCUUACUUUUUAUUUUUCUACACAAAAUAAGAUGAAAAAUAAAUAAAUCAAGAAUAAAGAAAAUCAAUCAAUCAGUAAUAAAUAAAUAUAAUAAUAAUAAUAAAAGGGCAAAUAAUAAAAACUUAAGAAAGCACAUAUAGUUGGUGGGUAGACAAAUGAUUUUUUUCAGAUUAAAAUUACCAAAGCAUUAUUAGAGCCCUGUAGACAUGACAAAACACGACUAUAGUCACAUUUAUACUCUUUUUAUUUACAACAUAUUGCGCAACUGCAGGGUCUUGAGACACAUGCUAACUCGCAAACUCGAGAGCUAGCCACCUAAACGGUAGCCUUCAAGUUAUUUCCUUUCAACUUAAAUAGCCCAAAACUUACCACUUCCACACGGAUAGGGAGGAUAACUAUUAACAGUUAUUUAACCUUUAACAUGAACAUUAAUCAAACGUAAUAAUUUUUUCUGGGCCGCGUGUUUGAGACCCCUGGUUUAUUGCCUUUGAAGUUUCAACUGUCCAAGAUUGAUUGAAGGAUGAUUAAUAUUACUUAUCUUGCAGUAUUAUUUUUUAUCAAGUCAAGCAUUAAAAAGCAGAGUAAAAGAGUAGAAUUUCCAAUUGAGAGGAUUGUCUUGAAUGCACCGUUUCAGUCAGCGGUUUGCUAAUGAACUCAUGGGAGGGAAUGUACUUGAAAGCAAUUUUGGGCCCUUAAAUUAUUUGAACUGUUCUUUCUAUAGGAUGGAAAUGUUGUACAAAUACAUCAAGACUUUUUUGGGUGUACAAGUUUAGAUUUAAUAAUACCACUCUUGUUCUUGGUCAAAUGACCUCAAAGGAUUGAGGUCUGGGAUUUAGGAACGUAAAAUUUAGCCUGCUUUAUCCGUUCCAAAACAAGUUUGGAUGUGUUUGGGAUGGCUGUCCUGUUGGAACACCCAUUUGUGUCCAGCUUCAAACGUCACGAUGUUGAUGUGGGAUGAAUUUGAAGAAUUUUGACAAGAGUCGUCUGCCUUCAUACCGCUACUCGUAUCUGCAAUGCACACAAAAAAAAAACGCCCCAGAGUAUGAUGCAACCAACCACUAUAAUUGACAUUUGGUAAAGUCGUUAUGUUUGCAUGCAUUCCUAGUAUGGCUUGUUCUGUUUUCACGCUUCUGGAAAAACAAACUUUCCAGUGAAUUCUGUGAAUUAUUUCUGUGACGUUGUAUAUGGACAUUCCAUUCUCCAUUAAAUAAAGUUUAAUUUACUCCUUGUGGGUGUUCUUCUCAAUUUUCUCUGUAAUUUUUUUUUACAACGUUAGGUAUCGGAGGCAUAUGUACCACUUGUAUAGACCGCU